GUGUUCCAAGACGGCAAAAUGGCCAUUCAGGGUAACAACGGGAAAUUCAUGGGCCUCGACGACGAGGACAGUGUGGUGUGUUCCAAGCGUCGGGCGGAAGCGGACGAGGUGGUGAAGAUCCGGGUCCAAGCCCGGAUGGAAGCCCAAGACCCGAAUGAAGGCGUGCCCGUAGAAGAACGGGGAUCUCUCGUUGAUGUUGAAGUGAAUUACAUAAAGAAGUUCCAGAAAUUUCAGGACAAAAAGAUGCGUAUCAAUCCAGAGGAUCGGUCGAAUUUGAAGAAAGCGUUGAAAACGGGUGAACUUCAUGAAGCUCUGCUCGAUCGAAGAGAGAAGAUGAAAGCGGAUCGCUAUUGCAAAUGAGUUUUUACUUUAUUUUUACGAUUCUCAAGUGUUGACUCAUGGUUCAAUAUUUGGUUUUCGACUUUUCAAAUAAAUUGAGCCUCUUGAUUUUUGAACCGUUGUUUUUAGUGUCUCGAAAGCG